AUGAAAUCAACCCAAAACAAUGAUGAUAAUGAACUUAAUUUGGAAACAUUGCUUAACUUAAUCAAAAUAUUAGAUAUUACUUAUGAUGAUGACUGUUCUCAACUUUCUGGUUGGAAUUUAUCUGAUGUUGAUGACAUUCCGAUUAGUAUAUUAAAUUUAACAAAGGAAGAACAACGAUCAGUAACUAGUUUAGAUAGAGAAGGUACAACGUUUAUGUGGAAAACAUUAUUAAUUGAUUGUUUAAUCAAUAUGGAUUAUGAAGAUAAUGAUAAUCGAGAUGAUAUUGUUGAAAUAUUAAAAAAAAAACAUAAGGAUCAUCCAGAGAAAAUCAUACAAAUUGAUGAUUUUCAUAAAAAUUACAAAAAAACUGACGCAAUUCUAUGGUAUAAAAAAGAGUCGCCUAUAUAUCACGAAUUAAAUGAAGCACUUCGUCGAAGUUGUAUUAAUAUUCUUUUUGCUUUUCGAUUUUUUAUUCGAGAUUUAAAAGAUCAAUUAGAAGAAGAACACAAGAAUUUCUUAGAUACAAAUGGUGGAAAUAUGAUUUAUCUUUAUCGUGGUCAACGUAUGUCAAAAGAUGAAAUCGACAAAUUACAAAAAUUAAAUCGUGACUGUUUGAUUUCAGUUGAUGGUUAUUUUUCAACUUCUCGAAGUACAGAAAUUGCAGCUGGUUUUAUGACGCCUAAAACAGAAAAAGACAAUAAAAUGCCAGUUCGUUAUGAUAUUACAUGUGAUUUAACAUUGACAACAAAACCAUUUGCUGAUAUAUCAUCAGAGAGAUUUGGAGAUUUUUCUAAUGAAGAAGAAGUACUCUUUAUGGUUGGUACAAUAUUUCAAUUUAAAGGUAUGUUAUAUGAUAAAAAAUCAAAGUUUUGGAGAAUAAAAUUAAAAUUAAUUGAUGAACAUCAACAUCGUUGGUUUAAUCUAUAUAAUUCAAUUAAAGAACAAAUGGGAGAGGAAACAAAUUUACUGACAUUGGGAGGAUUAUUAGUAACUGCAGGUGAUCAUGAACAUGCAUUGCGUGUCUAUAUGCGUUCAUUCAUUGAUUUAAUUAUAGUUCAUGAUCAUUUAACUGAAACAGGACAUCAACAUUUGGCACGAUCACUUAUGGGAAUCGCUUCUGUUCAAGGUGAAUUAGGUAGAUAUGAUGAAUCGAUUCAAAUUUUAAACGAAACAAUAAAAUAUAUCAACAAUUAUAUAAACAAAGAUGAUCGCAACUAUUAUCGAGCAGAAGCUUAUUAUCAUCAAAGUUUACCACUUUCUGAAAAAGGUGAAUAUUUAGAUGCAUUAAAACAAUGUAAACAUGCACUAGAGAUUUUUAUAAAAUAUCACGGUCAUCAUCAUGCAAAUGUAGCUAAUGUUUAUGAAAUGAUUGGCAAUAUUCAUGCAAAUUUUGGAAGAUUAGCAGGAACUAAACAUAAUUUCAAUGACCAACAUCAACAUGUUCAGAGAGCAUACGCUUACCACAAUAGAGCAUUAGAAGCUAGAAAGAAAAUUUAUAAAAAAACACCAGAUCAUCCUGACAUAAGUUGCAGUUAUAUCAACAUUGGUGAAUUACUUCGAGAUAUUGGAAAGCCUGAUGAAGCUCUAAAAUAUACAUUAAAGGCAUUGAAAACUUUUACAAAAUCAUUUCCAAAAAGUCAUUAUUGGAUAGGAGUAACAUUGGAUAAUAUCGGUGAGAUUUAUGUUCAACAACGACGAUUUAAUGAAGCAAAAGAAAAAUAUGAUGAAGCAAUUGAUGUAUAUAAAAAAACAUUACCAAGUGAUCAUCGUUUUAUUGGUGAAACUUUACAUAAUAUUGGCAAACUUUACUGUUGUACUCAUGUAUUUGAUAAAUCAUUAGAUUAUUUUAUUCAAGCUAAACAAAUUUACGAUAAAAAAAUACCGAAUAAUCAUUAUCUUGCUGUUGAACUUCGUAAACAAAUCAAUUAUGUUUCUAGCCAAUUACAUGGACAAAUAGGACGAUAA